GUGACUUGCAUCUUGAGAAUUAACUGUCGGUCUUUCCAUACAUGUGGUGUAAUUAACGUAACGGUUAGCCUAGAUGAUGGUUGCUGUCAUGCUCAGCAAUGAACCCCGCUUCCAGCCUCUCACGAAAUUCUACGCAACUAGUCCGAUGAGUAGCUUGAACUACCAAAUUCGAUACUGUUUUACUGCUCUUUUGUUUCGUUCAGGUCGAUGGGUCAAGCGCGGUGAGGUGUCUUCCUGGACUUCAUGCCCAAUUCGACCAAUUUGGAAGCAAAGUUGCAUCGUGCACUUGCGAUUGAUAAACUUGAACUCUUUUCUCAUCGGCGUUGAUUUAUCCUUAGUUCAGAAAAAUCGCUUCUGUUGUCUAGAUCCCAGCAGGAAAAGAAACCAAAAAAGAAAAAAAAAGAAGAGUGAAGAAUAUGUCAGAUGCAUAUUUUCCAACUCGCAGGGGACGACAGCAGGGGUCCUAGCCCUCGUGUAGCAACCUGAUUCCUCCCCUGAAAUUAAUCGCAGUGCCAACUCAGGAGUGUUUGAUUGGUACCACCCCGACGGGUACAAAGCAGUGGUACUCAUGAAACCCAAUCCCCUUAAUGACUCAAGUGUAUAUCCUUCGGAAUUUUUUACCUGCGCGCAGUGGUGGUACUCAAACAUCCCAUGUUCAUGGGAAUGUUGGCUGAAUCACUGAUGGGCCUUGAACAGCCCAAGUAGCCUGAGAGCCCUCUGGGCGCCUCAUCACUCCAUAAUGGUACCCCAAAGAUCAAUUUUGCUUUAAGACUGGUGUUCUUAGGUGUAUGUUACACUUCGUAGCAUAAGUGGGGUUGAUCAUAACUUGGACGUACUUCUGAACUACUUUGGUAAGUAAUCAAUUAAUCAGCAUUAAGCGAUAUGGUGAUGCAAUUCUAAUGCCGUGCCAUUUUUUCCUUCGAGUUGCGAUACAUUGCAUCAGGCAUUGUAUGCAGAUCCUAGGUGAUCUAUGGCAAACUGUUGUCACAGAUCUCUACUCUCGAGACAGAUAACGAAAUAUUCUCCGUAUUGUAUCCAAAGCAUGCGUGGCCCCAUGGAUGAACAUGCAUGAACUUGGGGUUACCCUAGAAGUAUUUAAACAGGGGUGAUUCCUCAUUCUUCUCAGGGGUUAAAGUACAGAAAUGUGUGAGCUAUCUUAUCAAGCCUUUUGUACAAAAUUUGUAUGGGGAUUGAUACUCGUAGCGUACUCUCAAACUGGCUGAGUCAUGUAGCUCUGCCAACUUUCUCAUCAUUUUAGUAAUCUUCAGUAAUUUCUUCACUUGUGCGAUGAACAUGAAAUUCAAUGCUGUAGUUGGGGUCCUGGGUAGAUUGCUAGAAGUAGCGCAAAUCCGGAUAGUUUUUAUCCUUGAAUAAUCCUCAUGUUAAUUCCACGAGAAGUACGUCGUCCACAGUUUGAGUGGGAUUGAUGUCUCAGCGAGACGCUGUAGGUGAUGGUUUAGUUGGCACUGACUCAAUGUGUUGAGGGUUCCACCUAAAUCAACCUUUGCGGCACGCGCUGGCUCCCCUCCACGAUGCCUGGAUAUUUUUUGGUGCAACUUCCUUUUGAAUUUCUUGUGGCCAUGACAACGCUAGGUAAUGAAUAUUGUGGUUCCCCGAUCUAGUUUAGUUUAGUAAGCAACUAGAAACUGCUGGCGAUCGUAUCAAUAUUUUCGUGAUUUUAAGUGGUUUUUGUGACUUUCUGCACGAAGACAAUAUGUAUCUGAGCUGAAGGUGACGUGAAGGAAGGAUAAGCUUUUGGUCGUCAACAGCAGAUUUGAUCAAAUCCCGAUUCAAAUUGGGCCAUAUUCCUCCAUAGCCGCUAAAUCACUAUCUUGAACGUUCAGUGGUGCACCAUGGCGUCGCACUCGAACCCCGAUUUAUGGAUGGGCGCUGCCUCAUCUGACAUCAGGAUAUCCUCGAAUUCUGGUCUCGAACUUGAAGGAGACUCGUCGUGGAAGGCACCUAAAUCCUCUCGGAACACCAGUAACAUGGACGUCGCCAAACAAGUAGUACAGGACACCAUGAGAGCAGCAAGUUUCUGCAAGGGAGUGCUAGAUGAAGAGUGGUACACGCCCGAAACCUCUCUCAUGGAGUUGUCUUCGUACUCGUCCCCUUAUGGGGCACAAGAUGCUCGGUCAAAUUUCAGCUUGCUCGACUCCUCCCUGAAUUAUGACAACGGCAACCUCAUGGCCAACUUCCGCCCCGCCCCGUCCAGUACUUUAGGCAUAGGCCAGCUCGAGAGCAACCGCAUCCUUAGUGAUCUCGCAUGCACUGGCCAGUGCUCGAGUGUUGGCCUCCUCUCAAGUAUUUCUCCAGGCAGGCACCUUCGCCGAAGCACCACAACGGACAGCCUCGGCUCAGGCUUGCCGACAAGCUUCAGCCAGGGAGCGGUAAUCCCGAGUGGAAGCCUAAGUAACAUCACCAGCAGGAACACCAAUACAGAGAGCACAAACUUUCCACCUUCAUUUUCAGAUGCAUACAAUGCACCAGCAUUGGACCUAGACAAGACUGGGAAAGAAUGCGCUGGCGACAUCAGAGACAAGCUUGAGCCAUAUCAGACAAACAAGCGCAUGGAGAGUUACCCACCAAGACAGCAGGCAUUUUCACAGAAGCGUGCAGCCUCUCCUCGAUCUAUGGGAGGUGGAACUGUCUCGCCAACAAGCAAGUCACCUCCGCGAGUGGUUACAUCUACCUCAAACGACUCCUCUGUGGACAUACGGGAUGAAGAUAGCCCUCAUGUGCAGAAUUUCCGAGGAGCGGAGCUGCACUCAGGAUCCGAUGAUCCAAACGACAUAGGUAUAGAUGGGGAUGACCACAAUGGGAAGGAUGACGACGAUCUGGACGAGAGUGGCGAUGGUUCUGGGGGGCCCUACGAGGUGGAAGAAGGCGCAGGCAAUGGAACACAGAACAACGGGAAAUCGAAGGCCAAGGGGAAACGGGGACUCCCUGCAAAGAACCUCAUGGCCGAGCGCAGACGCCGCCAAAAACUCAACGAUCGCCUGUACAUGCUUCGUUCUGUGGUUCCCAAAAUCACCAAGAUGGACAGAGCCUCCAUACUCGGUGACGCAAUUGAGUACCUGAAGGAGCUCCUACAGCGCAUCAACGACAUUCACAACGAGCUGGAAGAAGCAAAGUUGGAGCAGUCGCGGUCCAUGCCGUCCAGCCCAACUCCGAGAUCCACUCAUCAUGGCUACCCUACCGCCGUUAAAGAGGAAUGCCCAGUGUUGCCGAAUCCAGAAUCCCAGCCUCCAAGGGUGGAGGUGAGGAAACGAGAAGGCCAAGCACUUAACAUCCAUAUGUUCUGCGCGCGUCGGCCAGGAUUACUCCUUUCUACUGUGAGGGCACUUGACGCUUUGGGCUUGGAUGUGCAACAGGCCGUCAUCAGCUGCUUCAAUGGCUUUGCUCUAGACCUCUUCCGCGCUGAGGCAAAAGAUGUAGACGUUGGACCAGAAGAAAUAAAGGCAGUCCUGCUACUCACUGCAGAAUACGGAAUGCAUUCUUUGCAGUGAAUUUCAUCCAGCAAAUGGUCACUAUUCGAAUUAUCUUCUCCCCUGCGUGGUGAAAUGACCUAAUUAGUACCGUCAUUCACAACACACGCAAUUAGCAAGAAUUUGAAGUGGACAUUGUACUAUCAGACUAUGACCCGUUUUUGCUGUUUCGUAUACGGUAGGGCCCGCAGAGCGCACUCCAGAGAGCCUAUGGGACCUGCACAAUAUGGCCAGUAGCAUUAACAAGCCUUGAGAGCGUCACGACAGCGAAAGUUUCGUGGAAAUCUCUAACACUUUUGUGAUGUGUUUCCUAAGUACUGUCCCACUCCACAUCUGCCCGACUUGUAAGUUGCGUGGCUGAAUAAAACGAGAUAUUCUGUUGCAAA